AUGCCGCAGGCGCAUGCUGCUGCUGCUGCUGCUGCUGCUGCUGCUGCUGCUGCUGCUGCUGCUGAGAACACAUCUGGAGCAGCAGCUCAGGACGGCAUCUUCACUUCAGACAAUAGUUGUGAGAUUAUGCUGCUGCAGCAGCAGCAGCAGCUCGGGGGAUUCGUCAACAGCAGCAGCAGCAACAGCAGCAGCAGCAGCAGCAGCAGCAGCAGCAGCAGCGGGUGGAUUUUGCUGUCGCUCUUUGAUUUUCUCGUCGGCACAGGACUGCUCGCGUGUCUGCACGACCUGCUGCUGCGCUGCUGCUGCGCUGCAGCAGCAAACAACCUGCUGCAGCAGGUCCCUGGCAGCAAGCUGACGGGGGUGCUGCUGCUGCUGCUGCUGCGCCCCUACGCCCAGCGCCCGCAGCAGCAGCAGCAGCAGCAGCAGCUGCUGCUGCUGCAGCAAAAGAACAAUGAGCUGGAGCUGCUGGAGUGGGAGCGUUGCUGCUGCUGCUACAUUUUAAAGUGUCGGUAUGACUCAGACAUUUACUUUUGGCGGCUGCUGCUGCAGCAGCCGCUGCAGCAGCUGCUGCAGCAGCAAGACAAGCUGCUGCUGCGGCUGUGGGAAGAAGGCGCCGCCCAGUGGCACGCGCUGCUGCGCAGCAGCUGCAGCGCCUUCCGCAGCAGCAGCAGCAGCAGCAGCAGCAGCAGCAGCAGCAGCAGCAGCAGCAGCAGCGAGCCAGGGGAAGCUUCUGCUUCUGUUAGGAGACGGAGAAGGCAUACCAGCAGCAGCCGCUCGGCCGAAAUUGCUAGCCAGCAGCAGCAGCAGCAGCAGCAGCAGCAGCAGCAGCAGCAGCAAAAUGUAGACUGGCAGCAGAAGCACCCAAGGACAAGAGGGCGCUUAUCUGCUGCUGGGGAUGCAACACCGAGUGCUCUGCCGCUGCAGUGGCGCCGCAGCAGCAGCAGCAACAGCAGCAGCAGCAGCAGCAGCAGCAGCAAUUUCGAACAAUAUUUUGCGGCUACAUCAGGGGCCCCUGAAGCGGACCCAGCAGCAGCAGCAGCAGCAGCUGACGCAGCAGCAGCAGCAGCUGCUGCUGCUGCUGACAGCGCUGCACGGCUCUCUUUGGGCCAGGAGAACAUCUGCCCCCGCCGCUUGAAUGCAGCAGCAGCAGCAACUGCAGCAGCAGCAGCAACUGCAGCAGCAGCAAUUGCCAGCCCACCUUACUACGAAGGCGCUCGAGACCAGCAGCAGCAGCAGCAGCAGCAGCAGCAGCAGCAGUGGGCUGACUCGCAGCGUCCCCCAAAGCACCGGGUGUACAUGCAGCAGCCAUAA